AUGAGUGAUGAAUCAAAAGGAGCGCCUCCUCCAGGCGAAAACAUACGUCUUCUGGCUAGAAGUCAAACGGAGGUACCCCACGAGACCUUAGAAACUGAGCCGAUACUCAGGAGGCCAAAUUCGAUUGGAGGAGCUGCAGUGGUCGUCGAAGAAUCAUCAACCGACAUGAAUGUGCCUACAGCGAGAAAGAAGCUUAGUGAAAGCCGACAAGUGCAUCUGCCAACGAUAUCUGUGGGCGAGGUAAUCGCUUUCUUCCGGUGUUUUUUUUGA